GUUUUGGCUGACUCCUCUAUACGGCUCGGCUUCAUUUUGGCGCUAACUUCUUGGGGAAGUUUUCUUCUCCCCUUCAUAUUUCUUCUCUGAUAGCUCCACGCCUUUCCCUCUCCCUGACCCUUCACCUUCUCCAAUUUGCAUUUCCCUGUCAAAACAAUCUUAUAAGCUACUCUAAAAAUCUAAAUCCGAAUUAGUUUUCUUCGACCCUGUUGAUUUCAGGCUUUCAGCCGUGUCGAUAUACAUCCCUCUGCAAGGUGUCAUGACUUCUAGCUCUGGUGCAAUGGCGACUAACUUCUCAUUUUCGACCCCUUCAUCAUCUUCCUCACCCUUCUCGUUUGGAGUUGGUAGCACUAUUGCUGCUCCCUUGUAUUCUUUUGGUACUACCUUGCCACUUGGAAAUGAAAAUGUUCAUGCUUCACCAGUGUUUGGAGUUUCUAGAGAUCCAGGUAACACCUAUAGUUCCCAAAUGUCUGGAACCACAUCUUCUUCUUCUGGAAGGAAAAUUAAGACAAGGAGAAGACGAAGAGUUUUGCCUUUUGAUAAUUCUACCCUUAGUGCAUCUUCCUCAGGUUCAUAUCAUUUAAACUCUGGGAUCACUGGAUCAUUAUCCUCUUGCUCAACAGCUGUUACUGCAUCACCAUUUGGGUCAGCAGCUUCAGCUUUUGGAGCACCAUCACUUUCAUCAACCUCUGCAUCAUCCUUUCCCCCAGCUUCAAGCUCAACUUUUUCCACAUCUGGUUUUAUGUUUCCCACCAUAUCAACUGCCACUUCAGCAUCAUCUUCCCUUCCAUAUUCUUUCCCAAGUGUUUCAACUACAAGCACUUUGUAUCCAUCACAGGGUAUGGGAAAUGCUUCAACAACUGUUUCAUCCGUUACAACUCCCAGUGUGUCAUCGUCAUCUUCAGAUAUGGCUAUCCUUUCGUUUGGGACUUCAUCUGGUUUUCAAGCAUCCACAUCAUCGGAAGUUACACUCAGUGGUAUAGAUUCAAAGCCUGCUGAGUUAGGCAUUGCAACUCUUUCAUUGCCCCAUUUUCCAAUAGUAACUGCAACAACCAGUGUUGGUAUUUCUGGGACCAGUAACACCAGUACUGGUACAUUUAAUGUUUGUACUAGCAUAUUUUCAAUGUCUUCAAUGGCACCAUCAACUCAUCAUACUUCACAACAAAUGCCAACAACUUCAUUACCAACACUUGCUAUGGUUUCCAGAAGGGAGAGAUUCCAAAAAAUGAAUGAGGAGCUAGCUAGCCUUACUAAUGAUACACUUGAGCAUCGGGGGCAUCGUGCUAUGGCCGAGGCCGUGUUGGUCACUUCUGAGAUAAUCCGGCGGAAGGAUGAGCAGGUGCGGGAGCUGCAGAAGGCCUUGGCCGUUGAGCAGGUAAAGCGAAAUAAAAUGGUGAAGGACAUGGAGGCACUGAAAGAUGCCCAUGCUGCCGAGAUAGCUUACAGGAAUGAGUGUCAUGUCAGGGCAUUGGAUGCAGCCAUUGACACAUACAAAGAGUCCUCUGAGUUUGAAGCUGAACGGAAAGCAUACAUCAAGGCUCAUUUGAAUGAGAUUGGUGAGGAGUGGCUAGCCACUCCGUUAGGAGAAGACAAGGUAACCCAAGAGAGCCUUAUUGCGUAUCAGGUGGGGCUGUAUGAUAUGCAACAGAAGAUCUAUCCCAAACUGAGGGACAAGUUUGAUGACUUUGAUGUGAAUGGUUGGGGGUUACCCAAAGAGAUGAUCGACCCUGAGGCUUUGGUUGCUACGCAGCAGAACAGUGUUGCUAUUCUUGGAAGCCUCUCGCCUGAUGCUGACCUCGCUGAGCCACCUGCUGUUACAGAAGGGGGCGCCUUAGAUCUGCAGAUGGUUGAGGAUAAUCACCAACCCUUAUGUGCCCAGACUGGCUCAGACCGUGCUGUGGAAUCGGCUGUAGAUGAUACUAUUGUAGGAGUCUAGAACAGUAUAUAUGUGAAGCUGACGUACAGUUUAACCAUAACGCUUAAUAGCAACGGUUAAACACUGACGUGGGAAGCCUUUGAUUCAAUAUCAUAUGAGUGUACACUUCGUAUACAUCUUCACAUUUGCAACAAUUUAAUGUCCCCUUAUUAAUCUGCCUGAAGUAGGAAUGUAAAAAAAAAAUGCUCCGCAACGACCCGCCCUACCUCUAGACAUUUGGGGCAGGUCUGCCUUGCCCCGUCUUGCAAAUAGGGUGGGUCUGCCCUUCCCAUGCACACAAUGGGACGGGUUCGGGUAUUACUAUUGACCCUUGUUGACCCGUCCUGCCACGUUCAAUAUAUAAGUAUGCAUAAUUUGUUUUAAAUUAUACAACAAAUAUAUGUAUACAUUUAUAAUAAGUCAUGAAUUUCUUGGUCAUGUAAUAUAUUACUCCUUACUAUUUGUAUUUGAGCAAGAUGCCAUUAAUUGCCUA